AUGGUAAAAGCACGAUCUCCAAGAUCAAUUUGGAUGAAGAGUUGGCUGUCGGAUAAGACAAAAUUUGGUCACUUACCAUUAAUUAGUGAAGUUAGAAAUAAUAAUCCUGAAGAUUUUAAAAAUUAUUUAAGAAUUGAUGGAACAACAUUUGAUUUCUUACUAGGUUUAAUUGGACCAUUAAUACAAAAAGAGGAUACCAUCAUGAGGGAAAGUAUUCCUCCAGAACAAAGAUUGUUAGCAACACUAACAUUUUUAGCUACUGGUAUGACUUACCAAAGACUAAAAUGUUCAACUGCCAUAUCAGCUAGCAGCUUAUGCGAAAUAAUACCAGAGACUUGUGAUGCAAUUUUUAAAGUUUUGAAAAAGGAUUACCUAACUGUAAGUAUUGUAUAA